AUGGCGAGAUCGCUGCCGGCCUUCUGCCUCCACCGGAUCAGGUCGUCCGACGGCGGCGGCGGCGCGCCGCCGAUAUGCGCCAGGCAGGGCCAAGGCGGCGGCGGCGAUGGCGAUGGUAAGGUGAAGGAGGGUAAGGAGGAGGAGGAGGAGAGAGCGGUAGGGAGGAAGGUGAUGGUGGUGGCCGACGGCCGGGGCGGCGGCGACGAGGCGCGGACGGCGCUGCAGUGGGCGCUGUCGCACUCCGUCCGGCCGUGCGACACCGUCGUCCUCCUCGACAUCGUCCGGGGCGCCGGCAACGGCAAGAACCGAGAUGAUCCAAGAAGACAUUGCCAACAUCUGGAGACCAUGAGGAGUAUUUGCCAGGCUAAAAGGCCAGAGGUGCAUGUGGAGCUUUUGGUGGUAGAGGGGAAGGAGAGGGGGCCGGCAAUAGUGGAGGCCGCGAAGAAGCAAGGCGUGUCGCUCCUCGUCAUGGGGAAGAAGAAGAAGAGGUCGCUCUCAUGGCGGCUGCUGAUGAUGUGGAUGGCCGGCGCCGGUAAGGGUGGCGGCGUCGGCGACAAGGGCGGCACGGUGGAGUACUGCGUGCAGAACGCGGCGUGCAUGGCACUCGCCGUCCGGCGGAAGAGCCGACGAGGAGGAGGGUACCUCAUCACCACCCGGCGGCAGAGAGAUUUCUGGCUCCUGGCUUGAGGUCCGAGCUUGGCUACGGUGCUCUCUACCGACAGUAGAACUAAGUUAUAAUGUUUUUUUUAUUCUAAUCCAAUCGAUCAGAUCUUUUUAUACUGUCACAUCAACCUGGUAGAACUCUAAGUUAAGUUAAUGGUCGAGAUUCUUCCGCUGAUGAUAAUCCUGACUACCAGUAGAGAGUCGAGUAGCUAAGUUCUUUACAAGAGCUUGUGUGUGUAAGCUAGCUAGCUAUGGUGUUGUAGGUGUUAUACUGGAGGUUAUAGUGGAAUAGGCAGUCAUAAUAUGGGAAACAAUGUACAAGUUUAGUGAUUGUCGUUUGGCAUUGGAAUUGGUUUGUUUUUUGCUGGAUUUCAUCUGAGGCUUGCACUCUUAAAAUCCAUAUAAGAAAAAGGUUGAAACAUAUCUUGGUAAC